AUGGUGAAGUUAUUAGAAUGUAAUCAUUAAAAUAAUAAAAAAUCAGUUUUGAUUAAGGUUAUCCUUUCUCUAUACUAUUAUAAAACUUAAGGAAUUUAUAGUAAAUAAAAUACUUGGAAUGGAUUAAAAAACCAAUAUAAGUUUUAGAACAUGAUGUUUGGAGUGUAAUUUGGAAAAAUUAUCAGCUUCCUGUCGGUGGUAAAGCUAAACUAAAUGGAUAAAAAAUUGGGAAUUGGACUGAAUUAUUUCAAAAUUUUGGGGAGUGAGAAUUAUAUUAAUUUAGAAAGUAGUAGAUUUUUCAGAUUGGAAAUUAUAAAAAUGGUCUAAAAAGUGGAAAGUGGAUAUUAUAUUUAUAGAACUAAGAGAUUUAGAUGUAAAACUAGUAAAUGUAAUUUUUAUAAGUGGAGGAGGAUUAUAUGAUGAUUUUGGUGAAAAAACUGGUAGGUGGAUUGAAUUACAUGAAAAUUUUAGCAAGUACAUAGGCUAUUAAAAAUAGUUAUAAUUAAAUAAGUUAUGAUGGAGAUUAUAAAAAUGGCAUACAGUGUGGCUUUUGGAGUAUGAAAUGCAAUCAAAAUUCUGUGUAAAAACAAUUUCUCAUAAGAAUUUUAGUGGUGGUGGAAAUUAUGAUAUUUAUGGAAUAAAAGUAGGGAAAUGGGUAGAAUUAUAUAAUUAAUUGUUAGAGUAAAAUUUUUAUUUGAUUGCUUAGGAAUAACUAAGUUCUCUUUGAAGGAGAAUAUUUUAAAGGAACCAGAAUUGGGUUUUUUAAAAUAAUCUUUGAAAAUAAUACAAUGUACAUUUAGAUAUUAUAAAAGUGGAGGUGGAGAAUAUAAUUAAAUUGGAUAAAAAGUAGGUUAAUGGGUUGAAUUGGAUUAAUGUUUUUAAAGGUAUUGUUAAUCUCAAUAAAAUAGUGAUGCUCAGGUUUAUAAUUUGGGAUUUUAUAAAGAAGACAGAAAAUAUGGAAAGUGGUAGUUAUAAUAUUUAAAAAACUUCAUGUAUUUCAAAAAAUAAUUAUUUUAGUGGUGGUGGAAUAUUUGAUUUAAAUGGUGAGAAAAAUGGAUAUUGGAUAGAAAUAAAUUAAAAUUUUUAUUGGUAUCUUAUAAUUAAAUCUAUGAAUUAAGUGAUUGUUAAUUAACUUUUCAAGGUGAAUAUAAAAACAAUCAGAAAAGAGCAAGAUGGAAUGCAUUAUUAAAUCAUAAAAUAAUGUACAAAUUUAUGUUAUUAUUUAAAUAGUGGAGGAGGGAGAUAUAAUUAAAAUCAAGAAAAGGUAGGAAAUUGGAUUGAAUUACAUGAAAAUUAUUGGGAGUAUAUAGAAAUUUAAAUCAAUAUGUUAGCGAAGCUUAAAUAAUAUUUAAAGGGUAGUAUUUCAAUGGAAUAAAAAGAGGAAUUUGGAUGACUAUUUUUAAUAAUAAAAUUAUGUAAAAUCAAAUUUAUAAAAAGCAAGUGGGGGAGGUAAUUUUGCUAAUAAUGGAAUGAAAAUUGGAAAAUGGAUAGAUUUAUAUGA